AACACGACUUGUGUUAAUGUAACACGCUGGAAUACCUUCGUGGAUGAAAAAUCUUGAUAAUAUGUGUGAAGAAAUACAGAACAAGGUGAAACCAGAAGGGAAGAACUUUCUGCAGGCAUUUUCAUCUUUGUCAGGUAAAUGCGUUCACACAAGAUGUGUUCUUGUGAUUUAGGUACAUUUAAUAUUUGUUCCAGAGUUCGUGUAAGUGACGAAAGCUGAUACCAUUAAGACGUAAAAAGGAACAGCGGAUUUAUUAAUGCAUCUUCUUCUAAUGGUAUCCAAGAUGUCCGAAUCGUUAACAAAUGCAAUGUCGUAUGGACAUCGUUGUACAUAACAGGUAUAGUGCAGCUAACGUCUGCUAACUUUACCAACAUCAACAAAAUAAAAAUAAAAUAAAAUGGCUAUAUAUCAAUCUGUUACGGAUAAAUCACAACACGGAUACAAUGGAAUGUCUACAAAAGCUAUUUGUUAGGAGAACGGCAAAUAUUGGAAUUUAAAAGGUAGGCACUUUUUGUUUUGCUUUUUACAAAUAGGGCAUUUUAUGCAGACUGGGACAUGUCUGAAGCGUCCAUUAUACAAAGGCCUAAAUACAAGAUACCGUUCAAAUCAGAUUAGACUACAAGAGGACCUUAUUCAUGUGAAGUUGAGUUGUGCACGUCAUAUUAUUUGCAGACUGACAUAUAUCUAAAACAUUCUUUCAUUAUAUACAAUAAUUGGCUGGAAUACAAGAUUUGACUGUAUUGUUAUUGUAUAUUGUUUGAAACCUAAAAUACUGGUAGGACUAAAUUGGUUUUAUAAUACUUAAAACCUAAGGCUGUCAUCUGCUUGAAAUGUUUGGACAUGCUUGGAUCUCUUUCCAUUUCCUCGUCUGAAACCUAAAAAAACCUAUUAGGCUACCCUAUCCCCCCAAAAAACAAGCAAAAACAAAAAGAAAAAAAGAAAAGAAAAGAAGAAGGUUCUGUCUCAGGAGAAUCAGAUCUUUGGUGUGGGAACAGUUCUGGUGUCGAGUCUUGCAGCCGUCAACAGACAACAACUCGCUAACAAAGAAAAAGACAGAAAAAGCCAAACAUGAACGUAACAACGGGAGUGUAUAAUAACUCUCCCGGACGUGACGUAUCUUACACAGGGCCGCUUUACACCACCAUAGUGGUCAUGUGUCUCAUACAAUCAGCCGUGGCCUGCCUGGGCAACCUCCUGACUGUCGUCAUAAUAUGGCGGACGCCGUCUCUGCACACAGUCACAAAUCGCUACAUCCUUUCACUGGCCGUCGCCGACUUUCUGGCGGGGAUUCUUGCUUUGUUUUCCACCUUGUGGUACAUUGACGCCGAUCUCGAGAACUUUCUGUCGGCCUGCAAAUACUGCUGUUUAUUCUACUACGUGUUCCUGUUCGGGACAUUUGAGGCAUCCAUGUCCAACAUGACCAUGAUUGCCCUGGAUCGACUAGUCUUCAUCGUGUAUCCUUUCGUAUACGAACGCUACGCGACGGGCGCCAACGCCAACUCGUUAAUAAGCUUAUCUUGGUGCGUUACGAUCGCUUUCAGUGUCCUGCCUCUGAAGCUGAAUCGAUUUGAUGACGUUGGGACGUGUCUACAGCUCGAGGUUCUGUCUAAGGAGUAUCAAGUCGUUGGUGUGGGAACAGUUCUGGUGUCGAGUCUUGCAGCCGUCACGGCGUCUUAUGCUUCCAUCCUCGUGGUUGCCAAAAAACAGCGCGCGGCCAUUUCCGCUAGGGUGAAUAAUAAUUAUUCAGCAAACCACGUGGCCAAUCGACGUCAGAUAUCCGUGUUUGUACUCAUCUGUGUGAUAUCGUUUGUAUGCUGGGUUCCGUAUUACACGUGUAUGAUUAUGGGAGUCACCGUGGGAGUUUCUUACGACGUCUUCAACUUUUGUGCCGUGUUAGGACUGGUAAAUUCCGCCAUUAAUUUCAUUUUAUAUUCCUAUAUGAACAAGGAUUUCAGAAAAUCCUUUUCGACUCAGAUGUGCAGAUGUAGAAAACGUUGAUGUAAAAUAUAUAUCUUGUAUUCCUUAGGCACCCGGUGAACAUAUUGAUGUCUAAAAUAUCGACAGAAGUUACAAAUCUUUUGAUUGGUUUGAUCGAAUUUUUGUUUAACGACACCACUAGAGCAUAUUGAUUUAUUAAUCAUCGGCUAUUGGAUGUCAAACAUAUGGUCAUUUUGACAGUCAUAGAGAGGAA